CUCUGUUCGCUCCCGACAGAAUCCCAUGUAUUCAUCCCAAAAAGUUUGAUAUCGGUUUCCACGGCGUGGAUUUAGUGUUUUGAGUGUUCAGUUCAGUCUUAAAGUGAUAAUCGUCGUCGGUCCCGUCGUUUUUCCCCGUUCACGCCGGUAUUUUUUUGGUAUCGGUCAGAAUCGUUUUUUGCUAGCUGAGCAAAUUUUGGUUAUAUUUUUUCUUCGUACGUCUUGGUCAAUGACCAAAAGCGAAAAUCCUCGACGGAAGUCGGCAAUGGGCAAAUGAUCCUAGCAGUUGCGCCCAACAGUGUUAAACGCAUAAUUAACUUAACUUAUGAACUGCUGUUGUCGUUUUGACAGUGCAAUAAUACAGCAAAGUAAAUUUAUUGUAAAAUUGUUUAUCGUUUAAUAUUUGGAGUCGCCUCAUGAGCCUAAGGCAUCAAAUGAGAUACCUAAACCCCUACGAAUUACACAAGUUGCUCGUAAACGAAUACAUUCUUAAAAGGCCAGGGGAUACCAAGCAUUUGCAGAGAGAUUGUUCUAAAGAUGUUAGAGAUUACGAUGUCAUCAGGCAAAACCAUAAGUUUUUAUGGGAGACAGACCAUACUCCGUGUACAUGGGAGGAACAAUUUGCCAAGAAAUAUUAUGACAAGCUUUUCAAAGAAUAUUGCAUUUCAGAUUUGAGUCGUUACAAAGAAAACAAGGUGGCGUUAAGAUGGAGAACUGAGAAAGAAGUUGUUACGGGUAAAGGACAAUUUAUUUGUGGAAAUAAAAUUUGCAGUGGAAAGGAAGAUUUACGAACUUGGGAAGUAAAUUUUGCUUAUAAGGAGAAAGAGGAGCACAAAAAUGCUUUGGUUAAAAUUCGACUCUGCCCAACUUGUUCUCAUAAGUUAAAUUAUCACAGCCAAAAAAGAGAAGUAAAACGGCUUUACAAUAAUUUUAAACAGAAAGCAGUGACGUAUGCUAGUAAAAAUGCAGCAGAUACUUCUUCAAUUUCACAAGUGGAAUCAGAACUUGUGGAUAAUGUUCAAAUUGAAAGCAAUUGCAACCCAAGUGUGGCUGAUGUAAGCUGGACAGACCACAAACCAAUAGAGACAAAGUCCAGGGAUGAAGAGAUGGAGGAAUAUUUACAAGAUUUAUUGCUAUAAUAUAUUAAAAAU